AUGCGUUUCAUCCUCCCCGUCCUCGCUGCACUGGUGGCCGUCACCAUUGCCGCCCCUACGCCAGACCCCAAGAAGCCAGGCGACAUCUACAAACGCCAUGAAAAUAAGCGCGCAGAAGACACCGAACGAGGCGACAUCCCUUGGAAGAGGGGCGAAGCUACCACCGAGACCGAACGUGGAGGUAUUCCGUGGAAGCGAGAGGAAGCUAGCACUGAUACUGAACGCGGUGGCAUCCCCUGGAAGAGGGAGGAGGCAAGCACUGAAACCGAGCGUGGAGGUAUUCCAUGGAAGCGAGAGGAUGCUACCACUGACACCGAACGUGGAGGAAUCCCUUGGAAGAGGUCCCGCGGUGGCUACUAA